UGCAAUUAGAAACAAAUUUCUCUGUCAACCCCUUCCGUAUCUCAAAUUUUCGAUGAAACACCUUCAAAAGUUCAAACUUCGAUCAUUUGUUUCUCAAUCUAUAGCCAGGCUUGAAAUUCAAGCAAUCCAGACAUGAAUUUCUUCGCGAUCUCUCAAAAAAUUACAUGAGUUUCCUCAAAAGCCUCGUCGAUUCCUUGAACUCAAUUCUUUCUGGUUCUUCUUCUCCUUCUUCAGCAUCAUCUUCGUAUGAGACUCAGCAAAACCCUAGCUCCGCAAUGGAAGGUGUUGCUGGGGCUUCGAACGAGCGAACUGCGUAUAAGCUCAAAGGCUACUUUGAUUUGUCCAAAGAAGAGAUCGAUAAGGCUGUUCGAGCUGAAGAGUGGGGUUUGGUUGAUGAUGCGAUUGUGCAUUACCAGAAUGCUCAGCGAAUAUUAAUGGAGGCCACUUCAACACCUGUCCCCUCAUACAUCAGCUCUAGUGAACAUGAGAAGGUGAAAACUUAUCGCCAAAAGAUAUCAAAGUGGCAGGGCCAAGUUUCAGAGAGACUUCAAACUCUAAGUCGCCGAACAGGUGGUAUUACCACAUCGAAGAACACCUCUACUCAUGCACAAAGUGCAGCAGUUUCAUCGAGGACAUCUAAUGCUAGAAAAGGUGCAAUCCAAAAGUCUACUAGCUUACCUAGAUAUGGUUCAGUUGUGAGAAAUCAGACCGAUAACGUCGUAAGCUCAAAACCUGUACAAGAAUCUGGUUCUGGUGUUGAUGCAAAAUUGGUUGAAGUGAUAAAUUCUGUCAUUGUUGACAGGAGUCCUUCUGUUAAAUGGGAAGAUAUUGCUGGCCUUGAAAAGGCAAAACAAGCUUUAUUGGAGAUGGUAAUCCUCCCUACUAAAAGAAGAGACCUGUUUACUGGUCUUCGACGGCCUGCUAGAGGUUUGCUACUUUUUGGUCCACCUGGAACUGGGAAGACCAUGCUUGCCAAAGCGGUAGCUUCAGAGUCAGAGGCAACAUUUUUCAAUGUUUCUGCUUCUUCCCUAACAUCAAAGUGGGUAGGGGAAGGUGAAAAGCUUGUUCGGGCACUCUUUAUGGUUGCUGUAUCCAGGCAGCCAUCUGUAAUUUUCAUGGAUGAAAUUGAUAGCAUCAUGUCAACAAGGAUGGCAAAUGAGCAUGAUGCAAGCAGAAGGUUAAAGUCGGAAUUUCUAGUUCAGUUUGAUGGGGUGACCUCAAAUUCCGAUGAUCUAGUAAUCGUCAUAGGUGCAACUAAUAAGCCACAAGAAUUGGAUGAUGCAGUUCUUAGGAGAUUGGUGAAGAGAAUAUACAUUCCUUUACCGGAUGCCCAUGUUAGGAGACUUCUAUUGAAACACAAACUCAAAGGCCAAGCUUUUUCCUUGCCUGCUGGAGAUCUAGAAAGACUUGUUGAAGAGACAGAAGGAUAUUCUGGAAGUGAUCUACAAGCCUUGUGUGAAGAAGCCGCAAUGAUGCCAAUUAGGGAGCUUGGUGCAAACAUUCUCACCAUCAAGGCAAAUCAGGUGAGGCCAUUAAGGUACGAGGAUUUUCACAAGGCAACAACUGUUAUUAGACCCAGCCUGCAUAAAAGCAAGUGGGAAGAGCUUGAACAGUGGAACCGGGAGUUUGGCUCUAAUUAGCUGCCUAUACGACCUUUACAUUAUUUGGCCAUGGAAAACAAAUACAGGAUACAAUGUGAAGGGUAAAAGGAAAAAGAAGAAUGGAUCGGCUUCAAAUGUACACAUGUAAAUGUGAGACGUUAUAACCUGUAUUUGUGACCUAAAUUUAAUCUCUUCCCUUGUAUAAACAUUGAUUUGGAACAUUUUGAUGCUACGGAAGCUUCUACAUUUGUUAAUAGUGAAAAUAUGAUUGGUUCAAUUGGAAAUAAA